GACCUCGUGUACUUUUUUCCAUCAAAACUCCAAUUUCCUUUCAAUAUCUCUCCUCCCCACUAUUUCUCUUGGCGCGCGCACAUAUAUAUGUGUAUAUAUUGGCAGUAACCUUUUACUAAUUCUCAUCAGUCUUCCUAAUCAUAGAAAAUUUUCCUUUUGUUCAUUCUUUUAACAACAGUAUUCCAUAUUGUUGAAGCUUCUACAAAAUGGAGUCUAGCAAUUUUCAUGCUGACAAAAUGGAAGAUAAAAAGAUAAUUAUAAGAUACAAGGAAUGUCUGAAGAACCAUGCAGCUGCAAUUGGUGGCAAUGCAACUGAUGGCUGUGGUGAGUUCAUGGCUGCUGGAGAAGAAGGCACCCUUGAAGCUCUCAAGUGCUCAGCUUGCAAUUGCCACAGAAACUUUCACAGAAAAGAGAUAGAGUCUUCUGAUUCUAAUGCCAUUCCUUUGAUGAUUAUUCCUGACACUACUCAGAUAAUAAGACCAAUUUUGGCUCAUUUAUCUCCCAACAAAAGUGGCUCAAUUAGUCCUUCUGAUUUGUCUGAUGAGAAGGAAAACGAAGAUGGGAUGAUGAUUAAGGAGGUGGAAAAUCCAAAUGAGAAGGUGAAGAAGAGGUUCAGAACCAAGUUCACACAAGAACAGAAGGAGAAGAUGUUGGCUUUUGCAGAAAGAGCAGGGUGGAGGAUACAGAAGCUAGAUGAAUCAUUGGUGCAGAAGUUUUGCCAAGAGAUUGGAAUCAAAAGAAGAGUCCUCAAAGUGUGGAUGCACAAUAACAAGAACACUUUCGCCAAGAGAAAUCCCUCAACUAGCUAGCUAAUUAGCACGAGGCAGUAUCUUUUCUUUGUCUUGUUAUUAUAGCCAUUUGUUUAACAUUUAUUUUUUCCUGUGUUUUGCUAACUAUCCUUCCUAUUUUUUUCCCGUUUAUUUUACUUUCGAAGAGGAAAUGUAACAUUUUGAAUAUUAAUUUUUGGGUCUAUGUGUCGUUGGUCUUUCUUUGUUUAAUUUUUUAGAACAUGAUGUCAUGUGGUUUAGAGGGUCUGAUAUUCAAUAAUUGGUUGCAAAACGUACGGUUGGUUAUGUUCACACAAUCUUAUGUUUCUUGAUUGUUAUCAAUUGAAAGAAAAUAUUUGCCGUU